AUGGCUCCCACAUACAAGACGGUGGUCCUCGCCAAACGACCCAAGGACAACAUCGUCCCAGGCGAGACAUUUAGACUGGUCACCAACAACCCGACGCCCUCCGCCGAUGAUCUCAAGGACGGAGAGGUUCUCUUUGAGACCAACUACCUCAGCAUCGACCCUGCCAUGCGGGGUUGGCUCAACAACACCCGAUCAUAUAUUGCGCCCGUCCAGAUCGGAGAGGUCAUGCGAGGCGGCUGCAUCGGGACCAUCAAGGCCAGCAAGAAUCCGCAGUUCCCGGUCGGCAGUUUUGCCACAGCCAUGGCGGGAUGGACCGAGUACAAGAUCUGCAAGGCGAACGAGCUGCACAGGGUAGUCGUCCCGAAGGGCGGCAGGCUGACGGAUGGAAUGAGUGUUCUGGGCGGGACUGGGCUGACCGCUUACUUUGGCAUCAUCGACGUCGGCAAGGUCAAAGCGGGUGAUUUUGUUGUUGUCUCCGGGGCCGCAGGUGCAACGGGCAGUGUCGUCGGUCAAAUCGCCAAGCUCAAGGGCGCGACCGUCUUGGGCAUUGCGGGCAGCGACGACAAGUGUCGAUGGCUGACCGAGGAAUUGGGCUUUGACGGUGCUUUGAACUACAAAGACAAGGACUUUGCAAAGAAGUUCAGGGCUGCCACGAAGAACCUGAUUGAUGUCUACUUUGACAACGUUGGCGGCGAGAUCCUCGACAUGGCGCUCGCCAGAGCAAAGGAACAUGCUCGAUUCGUCAUGUGCGGCGGGAUCAGUCAAUACAACUCGUCCAAGCCUCAAGGACCAAAGAACUAUCUGAUGAUCAUUUCCAUGCGUAUCCGGCAAGUUUUUUUCUCCCCUCCUAUUCUCGCCGUCUCUGGAAUCUAUACUAACCGCGCUACGUACAGUAUGGAAGGAUUCAUCGUCUUCGACUACGCCAAAGAAUUUCCUCGGGCCUUGAAAGAUCUCGCCCAGUGGCUCGCCGAGGGCAAGAUCAAGCGGAAAGAGACCAUCGUCAAGGGCGGCUUGGACCAGGCCGAGAACGCCCUGAGGGAUUUGUACCAGGGUUUGAAUACAGGCAAGUUGUUGGUCGAGGUCAAGCCCGUCAACGAGCAAGUUCGAGCAUCGUUGUGA